AUGCUUCUUCUCGACUACCAGAAUGUUCUGAUUCAAUCAGUGCUCACAGAGCGUUUCUCGGGUGCUGUCCCAGUAAACAUCGACCAGACAGUCUCGGACUUUGACGGCGUCACUUUCCACAUCUCCACCCCCGAAUCGAAGUCGAAAAUUGUUGUCUCCAUACAAGUCAGAUGUUACAAUGAGCUAUUGAAGUAUGGGGCCCAACAAGUGCUGGAGCGCGAAUAUGGUCCAUAUGUCAUUGCGCCUGAGAGCGGGUACAACUUCUCCGUGGAAGUCGACUUGGAGAAUCUUCCUGAAGAGAAAGAGGCCAGAGACGACUUGAUUCGACGGGUUUCUUUGAUGAAGCGGAACGCUAUGGCAGCCCCAUUCGAGCAUGCAUUCGAUGAACACCACAAGCUGGCGGAGGAGGCUGCCAAGUUCACUUCUGAAGAGGCACCCCAAGGUGUCCGGGAGGGUGGCGAAAUGAUGGCUAUCCAUUAUCGCGACGAGGAAGCUAUUUUUAUUAAAGCCAGCCAUGACAGAGUCACCGUCAUUUUCAGUACCAUAUUCCGAGAGGAAACCGAUAGGGUUUUUGGCAAGGUAUUCAUUCAAGAGUUCGUCGAUGCGCGGAGAAGAGCGAUUCAAAAUGCUCCGCAAGUCUUAUUCAGAACAGACCCGCCCUUAGAGCUCCAAAACGUCCCAGGUGUUAAGGAUUCCGGAAAUGGAGAGAUCGGAUAUGUCACUUUUGUUCUAUUCCCAAGACACCUGACUCGUCAACGACGAGAUGAUGUUAUCUCCCACAUUCAAACAUUCCGAGACUACUUCCACUAUCACAUCAAGGCCUCUAAGGCAUACAUCCACUCCAGAAUGCGCAGACGUACAGCCGAUUUCUUGCAAGGCAAGUCUUUUCUACGUAGAGCACGCCCAGAGAAUGAGGAGAAAGAGCGGAAGACCGCCAGCGGAAGAACUUUCAAGCAGGGUUGA